AUGGCUAAACUCCAAAAUGCUGCAGAAAUCACAUCUGAAAUAUUUCAAGAAUUAGUUAAAGAUAGUGCAUUUUUGAAUUCAGAAGAUAUAAUUGAACUUUAUGAAGCUCUUCAAACAGGGAUUAAUCAAGCUUUAAAUGGAUUUCUCAAAUGGAUGUUAACUAUGGAUUCAUUUACCUUUAAGUAUUUGUCAAUUAGGAGGCAAUUAUGGUCAAGAAUUUGCUCGUACCUUUUAUCACUUCAAGAACCAAACUUUUUGCAAGAAUUUGAGGAAUUUUCCAACUCAGACUCCAAUGAAUAUUGGAAAUUUCCCAUA